GGAAGCUUCGAGAGUGGUUUGAAGAGCUUAUCAUUUUAAGUAGCAGUUCAUAGACCCAGCUAAAAAUACAAAUACUAGUGAUUUGAUUAUGGCUGUGUUUGGCGAUCCCUUCCCACAGAUCAACGGCUCUCCUUGACUGGUUCAAAAUCAACGUUCCUGGUUGAGAAGGGGAAUAUACUCGUCAUUAGAGGUGAAGGUGGGAAAGCUGAAUUUGGGGAGGGAAAAGAGAAAGACAUCGUUUGGGACGUGGAAAAUGGGAAAGGCGAUUGAGCUGCCUGAAGAUGUGAAGCGCAGAUCGACAACGGCGUGAUUAUACCCAAAGAUGCAACCAACAAACCUCAGGAACAUCAACCUUACUAGCAAACUCUGAAUUUUCACCGUGAAUUUUCACCAUCAUCAUUUUUUCUUUCUUUAUAAAUUUGAAUGAUUUCAUAUUACACUACAUUUUCUAUCCUAUUUAUCACAAGAUUAAAUUUUAUUGACUACUUUAGCAAACACAUCAUAGGAUUUUAUUAAUUUUUGCAAAAGAAAUAGUAUUGGAUCAUCACAGGCCUAAAACGCCCAUGAUAUUUGAAUAAUAGGCCCAAUAGGCCCAUUCAAAGGUACUUAGCUUAACGAAGUCAUCAUCCACCGCUGCAACCAUUCCCAAUUUAAGAUCUCCCCACCCCCUGCCUAGUUUAUCUUUCUACGAAAUUCCCUUUCAUCUCUCUCAGAUCACCGUCAAUGGCGUUGGAAUGGGUAGUUCUCGGUUACGCCGCUGGCGCAGAGGCCAUCAUGCUCAUCUUCCUCACUCUCCCAGGCCUUGACCCGCUACGGAAGGGGCUGAUCACCGUGACCCGGAGUCUCCUCAAACCCUUCCUUGCCGUCGUCCCCUUCUGCCUCUUCCUGCUCAUGGAUAUCUACUGGAAGUACGAGACCCGCCCCACCUGCGACUCCGAUUCCUGCUCCCCAUCGGAGCACCUCCGCCACCAGAAAUCCAUCAUGAAAUCGCAGCGCAACGCGCUCCUCAUCGCCUCGGCGCUCAUCUUCUACUGGCUUCUCUACUCCGUCACGGGGCUCAUCGUCAAGAUGGAUCUUCUCAACAAGAGGAUCGAGAGUCAGAAGCGGGAAUGAUUCGGAAAUGAAAUUGCGCGUGUUUUUCUUAUGUUGGUAUUAUACAUCUAUCUCUGUUACGGGCUGUUUUAGUGGUUAAUUGAGUUUUUUUGCGUCGUAAUUGUUAGGGUCUGUGUUUUCGUUUUGUUGUUGGUGUAUGCUUCAUUUUGAAUCUCAGUUGCAAGUACAUUUCCCUAGUUAAUAUUGAUGGUUUUACAUUUGAUUGUUCCCUGCUA